GAACUUGGCCAAAUUCAAUAUAAAAGCCGAACCUGCAAACGGCAAUAAAGCAAAUUCAAUUGCGACUGCGGUUGUCAAACAAUUCUUGCGUGUCGUGUGUGCAGUAUCGAGUUUUCGACAUAACUACUCCUGCCAAAAGCGAGCGGUACGGGUGCCAGAACAGGAAAAGGACCUGGAAGGGGGCUUGUUUUUGUUUUAUUCAGAACUCGCAAACAAGGCCGAGGCAGCGAACAAUUUUUGCCGUUUCACGGACGGACCGGACGGAAGGGAGCGAAAGGAAAGAGCCACAUUAAAAUGGCUUUGAAUGGCUUUGGUCGGCGUGUCAGUGCGUCUGUCCUUUUAAUCGCCUUGUCGCUGCUCAGCGGAUCGCUGAUCCUGCCGCCGGCUGCGGCGCAGCGUGACGAGAACUAUCCACCGCCGGGCAUCCUGAAAAUGGCCAAGCCCUUCCACGACUCGUGUGUGGAGAAGACGGGCGUCUCCGAGGCCUCCAUCAAGGAGUUCAGCGAUGGCGAGAUUCACGAGGACGAGAAGCUCAAGUGCUACAUGAACUGCUUCUUCCACGAGAUCGAGGUGGUGGACGACAAUGGCGACGUGCACCUGGAGAAGCUCUUCGCCACGGUUCCUCUCUCCUUGCGGGACAAACUGAUGGACAUGUCGAAGGACUGCGUCCAUCCGGAGGGCGACACCCUGUGCCACAAGGCCUGGUGGUUCCACCAGUGCUGGAAGAAGGCCGACCCCAAGCACUACUUCUUGCCUUGAACACCUGGCCGAGCCUGCUCUGCGACUUUCCCCGUUGACGACCCCGCGCCAUUUACAUUGUAGUUUAGUUUCCCAGUUUUUCAAUAGCUGUCGAGUAAUAAACGUAGGCGAGUUGUGCAUGCAA